GCUCAACGUUCGCGUAACGUGAGGGGUGGAACCGGUCCAAGAUGGCGGCGACCACGGAGAGUAGCAAUGCGGGUUCUUCUAGUAAAAGAAAGCAUUUGGGUAUCCCCGAGGCCGUAUUUGUGGAGGAUGUGGAUGCAUUUAUGAAACAACCUGGAAAUGAGACAGCUGAUGCAGUUCUUAGAAAGUUGGAUGAACAGUAUCAGAAAUAUAAGUUUAUGGAGCUGAAUCUUGUGCAAAAGAAACUAAGAUUAAAGAACCAGAUCCCACAGAUUAAACAGACAUUAGAAAUUUUAAAGCACAUGCAGAAGAAAAAGGACAGCACUGAGCCUAUGGAAACCAGGUAUCUGUUGGCAGAUAAUCUUUACUGCAAAGCCUCGGUUCGUCCCACAGACAAAGUGUGCUUAUGGUUGGGGGCUAAUGUAAUGUUGGAGUAUGACAUUGAUGAAGCACAAGCCCUCCUAGAGAAGAAUUUGGCUACAGCUACACGUAAUCUUGACUCACUUGGAGAAGAUUUGGAUUUCCUCCGAGACCAAUGCACUACUACUGAAGUCAAUAUGGCACGUGUCUACAAUUGGGAUGUGAAAAGAAGGAACAAAGAUAACCCCUCCAAAAACAGUGAAAUGUCUUAAAGGUUCACCCGGAGCCCAAUCAUUCUGUCUGUCUGGGGAAAAAAAUCAAUAGCUUUUUUAUGUUUUGUUCAGACUGAUUUACACAUCUUCAAAAGCAAAUAGAAACAGGGAAAAAACAAGGAGCAGCACGUGCAGUCCUUGUGAUGCACAUUGAAAAAACUCUGGAGGCUACUUUGAUUUGUCAUGCGGUUGGGAUCUCUGGCUGUUUGCUGCAGCCACAUGAUUUUUUUCCUGGUCAGCCGUCCACAGGAUUUCUUGGCAACUGUUCCCCCCCCUCACCCCAUCUCCCAUGUUUUGCAUAUUUAUAGGAUUAGCUGUAGCACUUCAAAUGUGGUAUUUAUUUGUUUAGGGACAAAACAUGGCAAAGCUGUGUUGGUUUAAGGCAUGGUCUUGAUAAUGUAUUUUUUUAUAUUACGUGAAAAUUGCUUAGAACAUAGCUGAUAUUCUAAUAACAUGUCAAAUCCCAAGUCAACUAAUUCUGUCCCAUCAUGAAGGCCUGCUGGAUGGACAGUGUUCAAGACUGUCCCUUUUUAAUAAACAUCACCACUCCCUCUAUAAAUGCCUGGAUAAAUUCAUAAUUCAAUUGUCAUGAUUUUAAAUAUGUCUUACACCCAUUGUCUGUGUCUUGUGGAUCCCUUACUUUUACUUUUUCAGUGCCCUCCAUCGUUCUGUGAUAUACUGUGUAUAAUACACAGGUGUACAAAUGCUGUAUUUAUAUAUUUAGCACCCAUACUGUCACUGAGCCUUAGAGACAGACCACAUAGGACUGACUACCUUAUAUUUUGUUCUUGGCAUUGACAAAUUACAGCAAUUGAUAAAUAUAAUCUGAUCUAAAAAAGCGAUUUCUAUGACAGUCAAUAGAGUAUACUGCUGACCUAUCAAAGGACUACAGUGUAAUACCUACAGUUCCCUAGGAGAUUUGCUUUUAUUGUGUUAUUCAUCAAGAUAUUUUGUCUUUCAAGUGCUUUAAAUGUUAUUCAAAUCUAACGUGUUAAAUGCCUUAAAAGUACCUCUUGUUUUUGCAGUAUUAUAUCCUGAUGGGUUGCGACUGGCAUAGAUUUUACAGAGAGUAUCUAUAGAUUUAGUACAUGGGAGGGGGAGCAUAAAAUCGCCAGUGUUGAUUUUGGACACAUUUCAUUUUAGCAUGUCUUGCUGCCAUCUUGUGGUAAUACAUUGCAGAACUCGGUUAGACAGUUUUUGACACACAUUGGCUUGGAAAUCCAUAGCUCUGACUUUUGACCUGAAACCAUUUUUAGAAGAAUUUCUCCUUUUAAGAUUAUUUUAAGUUCAGAAUUUCAUAUUUGAAAUUCAAAAUUAUUUCUGUAUUGUUUACUUUGACAUUCUAAAGGUUUUAUAAAACAUUGGCUUAAUUCUAGCAUUCUAGGACUCCAUAUUAGAGCAUUGUCACUUUAAUAUACUUGUUAAAUGUCAUUAUUUCUUUUUGAACGAUAUUUCAAAUUGGUCAUUUAUGUCUUUGCACAGGUGCCACAGUAUUAUGCAGAGGUAAUGACUGCAGUGCUGUUCACAUCUGAUUAUUAAAAUAAUUGUUAACUGGGUGCUUUUCAACAGCUUUACAACAUGAGAAAAACAAAAAUAAUUUUCAUAUUUAAUUAUUAUAAAAUAAUGGCACCACUGAAAGCUGCCAACAUUUCUGAGUAUUGUGACUACAUUACAGUCAAAUUCAGUACAGUGCAGUAGUAAAUUAUUAGUGGGAGAAUAAAAUAGCUUGUUUGCCUUCUUGAUGCCUUACACUGUUUCACAACUCACAUUUCAAAAUUUUUUAUCAUAGUGGCUUAUAAGCCCCCAUGAAUUUAAAAAUGGAAAAUUAAUGUAAUAGCCUAUGUACCUUUUACUUGUUUAUUUCGACAAAGUAAGUAGUGUUACUGUCUCACAGUGACUCCAAGUAUGAUUUUGCUUGGAAUUUCAUCACGGACACUGUGUUUGCUUUCAGAUCAGCUAUUGAGUGACCAGUAUUGGCAUAUUUAAGUGAGCCCUGUUUUGGAGCGACGUCCUUGCCUUUUUCUCAUCACAUCUGGCUUAUGCCUUGGCCUGGUGUCCAUGAACUGUACCGAUCAAGCUUGAGAAUGGCUGGAUAUUAGCUCUUAGGCAAGGCAGUCAUUGGCAGUUGGAUGUUGUCCUGCAAUUCUUAGUUAAGCCUCAUUAUUUGCCUAAAGCAGAGUACUCCACUCUGGUCCUGGAGGACCACAGUAGGUGCAGGUUUUCAUUUUAAACCUGCUCCAUAAUUAGAAGCCAGGCCUAGCAGAUAAUGAAACUUAGUAUUUAAUUAUAUGACUUGUUAGUGCUUUCAUUCUUCCUGGACAAAUGUUUAUGCACAUUUUAUAUGCAUCUGAAAGUGUCUGUGUUAAAACAAUGUUUUGAAAUACUGUAAAUGAAAUGAAGGGGAAGGACCAAGAGAUGCAAAUCUGUUCCAGACCACAAAACACAUGGAUAAUAUUACCAGAAAAUGUGUCAGUGUCUGAGCAGGUGGCCUCUAUCACUUGGCACAUGUAAUGAUGUGGUUGCUGAUACAAUGAAUAGUAUAAAAAAUGAAAAGCUAAAGGUUCGGCCAGUUAUCUUCCCAGCAAGUCAGCCACCAAGUACAGUACCAUUAUUUUUACCAAAGCUUCUGUAAUUUGCCUCAAAAUAAAUGAAUCACGGGUUGACCCUGGCCAUGCAGACUUGAUGUUUGUGAGUCUCAUCUUGGCAUCACAUAUGAAUUGUGAGGUAAUGGAAUGUAACAGCUUAUUGACAAUAAAAAGCAGCAUCACUCAUGCUAGCUGCUCUAAUUGCAAUAUUUGGUUUACUUUGUUAGUAUCCGAGGGGAAAUCGUCUUUUUGCAUGACGUCUGGGGGUCAGAGUGCAAGGUCAGCCAUUGUACAGUGCCCCUGGAGGAAUUUUCAGGUUAAUGGCCAUGCAGUGCAGUAAAGUGAUCUGAUUACAUUAGAAGAACUGAACACUGCUGCAGAUUGCCUCAUUAUAUUGCCAAAAACAAGUAUGUGCAGUCGUACCGUACGAAAACUCUGUUAUUGGCUUCCACUACAGCAAUCAUGAUGGAGUGAUGCUUGGCUGAAAUAUUCCUGAGCCGUCUGCCAGUUCCCUAAGAAAUGACCUUAGGUAGGCUAUAUAAAGUGAUGAAGAAACAGAAAACCUCUUCAGUGUAAAUGUGCAGCAUUGUACCCCUUAAAAGAGAACUGAAAUACAGUCUGCAUAUCAUAAUGAUCACUUUUGUGGUGCAGUAUGUUUGUCAUGUUAACACACAUUCUAAUAAUUUCUUGGUGUGAUAA